AUGAAUCCCCCUCCUAGUCGCCGAUCACAGCGCUUGGCUCGGCGUAAUGCGCAAAAUGCAGCCGAUUCCUCAUCCCGACCACUCCAUAUAUCCAAGGCUAACCGAACGACGCUGGGCAUUCGUAAAAAGGCUACCCGACGCACGCAUCAACCAGAGCCCGUCACAAGUGAUAAUCCGACAGUUCUCCAACCCAUUAUCAAAUUCGAACCAAUUGAUCCCCCUCAGCGACCUGUUGCGAACAGAACAGAAGACCAUCAUGAUGGCGUACAAGAAACCAGUAGUACUGCGCCGCUGCCAAACGUCAAGGUCAACCACCACCAAAUGGCUGAAUACCUGAUUCACAGCACAUAUCAACAAGGCUCCAAGCACACAAACACACAAAGCAACGGCUCAGAAAUUGCUUUGCAAUCAACCACCGUCCCUGGUGGAGGAAUGUCACGUGCACCUGUUCCAACAACUUCACGACAUGGUCAAAAGGCACGUCCCAUCGAACAGUCCAUUGCCAUCAACGCUGCAAGGCCAAGCCAGCGUCCCAGGGUCUUUCCGCCCGCUCCUCGCACAGUAAUCGGUGGUCGUCGGGCCGCUGCUCGCAUGUCCAUGCAACUAGCGCCAAGAGAGUCAAGAGCUUCAUUCGACUUAAUAACACCGCCCGCACCAUCAUUCCCUCAGAUGCCAGCUCCUGAAACAAAUCAGCGACGCUUUGAGCCCAACUUCACUCGCGUCGAUCUUGCAACGCCACAUGGCCAGCUGAAAGUCAAAUACCCCAGGGUCCUGACCCAGCAGGUCUUCCAGAACACGCGAAUGUGGAUGGACGUCUACCAAAACUGCGGGUACAGAUUUCAGGUGGAGGCGUUUGUCGAUCGGGCUGGCCAGAUCCCGAUAGUGAUCAAGUGUGGGACUUUCGCCACUCUGUAUCAGGCCAACCGUGUGGUCCUCCAGGUCUUCUCAGAAGACAGCAAGUCGCUCAUGGCCGAGCGAUAUGAGAAGAUGGUCUUUCGAGAGACGAACGAAGUACCUAGUAGUGGUCAUUGGACAGGGUAUUGUUUCGCGGUCUACCAUCCUGUUCUCCGGCUGUGGGCAAAGCAGGAGCAGCUAUGGAGCUUUCGCGUCGAGGCUACGAUUUCACCAAGGGAUGUGUCAGUGUAGUUUGUGAUAUGUUAGAUCUCAAUUUGAUUAUAAGGCAUGAGCUGCUGGCGGUAAACGCUAUCCUCCAAGUAAGAAAUCCGAUACGUCCAUGUUCAUAAGUAUAAGAUCAAGCACAGCCUCUUGUUCUUCCAUGACGUGCUCUCCCAUAAACUGUCUAAGUCUCGAGACCCA